AGGCACUAUCCAAGGACGCCUAAUUGAAGGCCCGCUGCGAGCCGCCGUCGUCCCCGCUCUUGUGUCCGGAUCUAGCGCUGACUUGACGCUGAGUAUCUUCAGACAUGUCGGUGAGGGAGUCCUUCAAUCCCGAGAGCUACGAGCUGGACAAGAACUUCCGGCUCACGCGCUUCGCAGAACUCAAGGGAACAGGUUGCAAGGUACCCCAAGAGGUUUUACAGAAGCUUUUAGAGAACCUACAAGAGAAUCACUACCAAGAAGAUGAACAGUUCCUGGGUGCAGUCAUGCCUCGAUUAGGCAUUGGCAUGGACACCUGUGUCAUUCCGCUAAGACAUGGAGGCCUUUCACUCGUCCAGACAACUGAUUACAUCUAUCCUAUAGUGGACGACCCCUACAUGAUGGGUCGCGUGGCAUGCGCAAACGUUCUCAGUGACCUGUACGCCAUGGGGGUGACGGAAUGCGACAACAUGUUGAUGCUGCUGGGUGUUAGCAACAAAAUGUCGGAGAAGGAGAGGGACAAAAUCAUGCCACUCAUCAUGCAGGGCUUCAAAGACGCGGCGGAGGAGGCGGGCACAUCCGUGACGGGAGGACAGACGGUGCUCAAUCCCUGGGUAGUCUUGGGGGGAGUCGCUACCACCGUGUGCCAGCCCAAUGAAUUCAUCAUGCCAGACAACGCGGUGCCAGGAGACGUGCUGGUGCUCACAAAGCCGCUGGGGACGCAAGUAGCCGUGGCGGUGCACCAGUGGCUCGAUAUCCCGGAGAAGUGGAAUAAGAUCAAGUUGGUAGUCACACAGGAAGACGUCGAGCUCGCCUACCACGAAGCAAUGAUGAACAUGGCCCGCCUCAAUAGGACAGCCGCCAGCCUCAUGCACACGUUCAACGCGCACGCCGCCACUGACAUCACGGGCUUCGGCAUCCUGGGCCACGCCCAGACACUGGCCAAGCAACAGCGGAGCGAGGUGUCCUUUGUCAUCCACAAUCUUCCCGUGCUCGCCAAGAUGGCCGCCGUGUCCAAGGCAUGCGGCAACAUGUUCGGCCUCAUGCACGGCACCUGCCCCGAGACGUCAGGAGGGCUGCUGAUCUGUCUGCCGCGCGAGCAGGCGGCGCGCUUCUGUGCUGAGAUCAAGUCGCCCAAAUACGGCGAGGGCCACCAGGCGUGGAUCAUCGGCAUCGUGGAGAAGGGCAACCGCACGGCGCGCAUCAUCGACAAGCCGCGGAUCAUUGAGGUGGCGCCGCAGGCCGCUGCGCAGAGUGUUAACCCCACGCCCGGCGCCACGUCCUAAUCCCACCAAAACGCUCCCCACCAUUAUCAUCAUCAUCUUCCUCCUCGCAUCCGACGGUGAUUUGGUUUUCAAAAAAAAACAAGCAACGACAGAACCAUCUCGAAGAGUGUCCACUAGUUUGUGCACUGGGCUGGUGUGUAUGUGAUGAACAGCUCGACCCAGUGGGCGAAAGUGGCAUUACAUCCCCCAAUGGACUCCACAAAUGAAACGGUCAUUCAUUCGUUUGCCUUUUUUUGUUUUUUUUUCUGUACUGAAGGUGAGAGAAGACAACAGGACCACAUUGCUGAUGGUUCGUCACGGAUCAUUGUUUGUCGGUUUUGCCGGAACUUAGAAGCAGUCCUGUGUCUCGUCGUUUCGUUGGUUUUGUUUGUCCACUUUUGUACAGUUAUGAAGUUCUUUGCUGUAACUGAUGCCUUGAAAGAAAGUGUUAGCAGAAUGUCUUUUUUUUCUAUUCAUUUGACUUUUUGUAUUGACCCCGCCGGAAUAAAUAAAUCCUCAAAUAC